AUGGGGCAGUCUAAGUCGAAGCAUGUGUACGCCUUCCAGCCCCUGCCAUGGCCAGAAGCCCUGACGGCAUUCCGCCUUGUCGACCAGAUAUGCGGCAUCGCGUCCACCUAUGCGACAACCCAUUUGGACAAGCAUGCCACAGUUGUGCUGGAUAAAGUCAACGAACUUCAGCGCCUGCCGUACCUUUGGGAUGCUUUUGAGUCGGAUAUUGAGCGGCUGCGGGGCACCCACAUGGUCCGCUUGGCCACGGAACUCCACAACGCACUUGACAAGUUGGAGGGAUGCAAGUACGACAUGGGUCUUCUGGCGGAGAAGGAUCUCACGUUUAAAUCGAGGCGUCAGGCGGCUGAGAAGGCACUGUCGCUUUUGAGGGAGGUGGAGGAGGCGCACAGAGCAUUUCACUAUGCAUUCGAGCUGGCGUUGUACGGCAGCUUGCAGCGCGAGCGAACGGAGGCGGUAGAGUUCCACGCGCCCCUUCAAGGGACACUUGGAGAAGGGGAGGCGCCAGAUUCACCCACGUUGGUGACGGCGCGCGGUGCCGAGUAUGGCAGCAGCGGCGGCGGCGCCGCCGCCGCCGCCGCGGGUCUCCGGCGCGCACUGAAGGAGGCCUCCGCCGCGGACCUGGCGGCGCCGGCGCCGUUGGGGUUGUCACCGCCCCCGCCGCCGCCGGCGCCUGAGGAGUCGUGGCUUCAGGACACGCGGUCGCCGUCAGCGGACCGGGCCGCCACAGUACGGCAGUCAUUGGUCGACGCUGGCGAGCUUGUGCCGGCGUCGCCGCGGCGGACGCCGCCGGCGGCGGCUGCACCGCGACCGGCUUCACCCCGGCCGGCGUCGCCGCCGCCGCCGCAACUAACGCGGCGUCCGAUGACAGCCGACGCAAGUACGAUGGCGCGGCGGGUCGAGCAAUCGGCGGCGCCGCCGCCGCUGCAGCGGCCGCGGUCGGCUCGUCGGCCGUCGUCUUCCAGGUCGCAUUCGGGACGUCGCGGGCACGAAACCGACCGGCGGGGUCGAGUCUCCGAAACCACUGGCCAGCAGUACGUCGUUAUGUACAUGCCGCAAGGGCCCAACGGCAGCGGCCCCCGAGCCAUCCUGGUCCCUGCCAAUGCUCUGCAGCCGGCGCCCAACUCUCCAGGCCCGGCGGCGACAUCAACGGCGGCGACGACUGUCAUUGGUGGCGUCAGCCCUUUCGAGACAAAUGCGCGCGCCGUGUACGCCGCGAUGCCGGCGGUGACGGCGGCGCCACUGUCACCGCAGGCGGCGGCGGGCUGGGGUGGCGGGCCGUACAUGUCAGCUGCUCUGCCGAUACAGCCACUGCCGCAGUUGCUAUCCCAACCGCUUUUGCAGCAACAGCAGCAGCAGCAAGCCGUCAAGUACUCGCACCCGCCGCCAUUGCCAUCGGCGAUGGGACCCCUACCGCCGCCGUCGCCGCCGCUGGUCCCGUACCGAAGCCCCACAGUCGACGGCAAACUGCCGUACAGCGGCGCAGGCGCGGCCCCUACAUCGACUUAUCUAACGCAGAAUUAUAGUGGCGGCUCGGCAGGGUCGUACAGCUUGCCGUACACGUCGUCGGCACACGCGCACCGGUCGGGGUCGUACCGCUACUUCACUCCGUCGCCGGUCACAACACAGUCACCUGCUCCCGCGUCCAUGGCCCCCCUGCACACCGCUCCUGCAAGCGUGUACGGGCAUCCGUCCUCUCCCCUAUACGACAUGUACGGAAUGUACGGCACUGGCCUGAACCACGCCAGGAGGUCAACGCUGUCCCCAGCUUUAUCGUUGACGGCGUCGGGCACCCCGAAUUUGAACGCCUAUUUUGACCGACCGGCGCUAAGCGGCGGUGGAAGUAGCGGUGGAUUUGUAUCGCCGCUGGCGGCGCCGCCGGCACUGCUGUCCGGCGGCGGCGCCGCCACCGCUGGCGGCGCAAGCGAAGGCGCCGCACAUGGAUUUUCCCCCGCGAGGGUCCGCUUCGUGGGCCGUGGAGCUGGCGGCAGCGGAGGCAGCGGCGGCGGCGGCGGCCGCCACGGGUACGAUGGCGCGUACGAGAGCGUUGGCGAACGUGACUAUGGCAACGCCGAGGCGGACCCCGAGGGGGGUGAUUUUGCUCGGGGAAGCAGCGGAACAGACCGCUCCCAUCACACGUACACGUACGGCCCGCAGGGGAGCCAUGCCGUGCCACCGUAUCUGAAACCGUACGGUAGCGGCAGGGGCAUGGAUUUGCCCGAUAUGUACGACCCUGCUAGGCGAUACAGCGGCGGUGGCGGCGGCAGUGGACGUGAUCGCAGCGGCGGUAACGCUCUGGAGCUGGUGAGUCAUUUUCGGGGUCCGUCAUGGGUUGAUGAUUAUGAAGAGUACGACGGCCCUGACUGGCCUGCCGCUGCCGUGGCGCCGCGGCGACGACGGUCGUCGUCGUACACGCCGACGGCGGCGACGCGGCUGUCCUCGCCGCCGCUAAUGGCCAUGACUUCUCGCGAAACCGAGGUGGACGGCAUACCGUUGACCACGGCGGCAGCCGCCGCCGCCGCCAGGCGGCGACGCAGUAGCCCGCCGCGGCCCAGCUCUGCCCGUACGAUGCCGCUGCUGUCGUACGAGCGAAUGGCAGCUCUGGCGGGGCUUGAUUCGGAACUCCUCGGUGGCGGUGCAGCUGCCGCCCUGGCCGCGUCGCCGUCGCCGCCGCGAAGAACCUCCCCUCCGCCGGCGAUGGUGGCGGCGGCGGCGGCGCAGCCGCCGCUGCAGCGGCCCUCUAGCCACCUUGUCCCUGGUGAGUCUUUGCUGCAGCGCGCUGAGCAGCUGGCGGCGGCGGUGGACGCCGGCGACUGGUCGGCCGCGGUGGACCUUGGGGGCCUUGUGCGCGGCGGCUGGUGGGGUGACUCUCGUGAUGUCGCUGUGGCACGAGGCUUGCUGCUGCAGGCUGCUCUCCGCGGCGGUUCUGUUGAGGCUCACGCGAUGUUGGGCCUUAUGGCGGAGCGAGGGGAGGGGCUCCCGGGCUCCCGGCCCGACCUGACGGCGGCUGUACGACACUACGGGGCGGCGGCGGCGGGCGGCCACCGGGACGCCACCACCUCGCUUGCAUACCUGCUGGAGCACGGACUGGGCGUAGAACAGGAUGAGUCCCGUGCCGUACAGCUCUACGCCGCCGCCGCGCAGCGAAACUGCCCAACCGCCGCCAACAACCUCGCCAAGAUGAUUCUAGACGGCCGCGGCGCCACGGCGGCGGCGACCGCGGCGGCGGCGGCGGCCGCUGGAGCUGAGGGCACCGAGGGUACAUCGCCGGCGUCCUUAGCCCAGACGCUGUUCCGACGAGCCGCUCGGGGGGGUUCGGCGUCAGCUUGGUAUAACCUAGGUGUUUGCCAUUUGCAGCAGCUGAAGAUGAAGGUUAAAGGCGCCAGCGGCGAUGCGGUGGCAGCGGCAGCGGCGGCGGCUCCGCUGGCGGCGGCGGCGCGGGAGGAUUUGGAAUCUGAGGCGCUGCGUUGCUUUGCGGAGGCGGCCAAACGCGGCCAUGCGCGAGCAGCGCUCCGUGCGGGCUACCUCCACCUGCAGCGCAGCACCGCGGCGGCGGCACUGGCGGAGCGCCAGGCGGCAAUCCUGGAGGUGCGUACUGCAGCGGAGGCGCCGCCGGGGACGGCCGCGGCGGCGGGGGUCGCGAGCAACAGCUCACCCGAGCAGCCGCAGAGUCGGCCCGUCGGCGACGCCAGCGGCGGACUUGGCGCCGCGGGCGCCCCUCCUGCAGUACUGCGCCGCCGACUUAGCAGCACUCGCAGCGAUAGGGAUGGCGGCGACGGCGAUGCCGCCGAUGGUUUGGAGGAUGAAAUCGCUUCGGAGCGGGCGGGGGAUGGCGCCGACGGCGGCAGCGUCGACGGCGUGGCAAUACGGCGUGAUGCAGUGGAUGAGGACGCCAGCAGUACACGCACCGGCGGCACGGUCUCUCGAGCGGUUGGCCAGCUGCUGGCGACGCUCGCCGGCUCGUCCAACUUGUACGGUGCCGACGGUGGUGUCGUUACUGCCGCGGCGGCGGCGGUGGCAGCUGCCGGCGACGGCCUUGAAGAUCACCCGGACGCGACGGCGGCGGUGCGUUUCGCCCGGGAGAUUUGCCGAUUGGACUUUAGCUGCUGCCGCCGGCCGACGGCGGAUCAGCCCUUCACUGCGCCGCCGCCGUUAGCUGACGGCGUUGGCGGCAGCGGCCGUGUAGCCAUCCGUGGGCUUCGACGGCUGCGUUAUCAAGCACGGGAGGUCCUGGCGGAGGGGGCUGCUACAGCCACCGCCGCCGCCAACGUCAGCGUUCCCACGCCUGGCUCCGUCAGCGAGACGUCCUCCGUCAUUGGCACCGCCGGGGCGGCGGCGGCGCCGAUGGUGGCGGCGCUGGCGCGUUUGGAUCUGGAGCUGCAGCAGCCGGCUGAGAGGGCGCGCCGCGCUCGGCGUGCCGCCGCCGAGCUGGCGGCGGCGGCGGCGACGCUGGGGCACGCCGCGGCGCAGCACUGGCUAGCGGGCUGGCGGUGGUCCAUGGGUCAGCAGGCGGCGGCGGUGGCGCUCUGGGAGGCGGCUGGACGGAGGGGGCACGGCGCGUCGCUCAUGGUAUUGGGUCAAAUGGCGGAGUCGGGACAGCUGCCGGCGGAGGCCAGUGGCGGCGGCGGCGGAGGCGGCGGCGCCGACCUGGCGGCGGCGGCGCGGUACUACCUCCGUGCACAGGAGGCGGGUGCCCCGGGUGCGGUUGACGCCAUGAGGCGGGUCCAGAAGUUGCUACAGCGCCACGUGAAUCUCCAGGGGAAGUUGGAGGCUGUGGCGGCCGGGGGACGCGGCAGCAGCACUGCAGCCGCGGCGGCAGCGGCAGCUUUGGCGGCGGCGGCUGCUUCCACGACGACACGAACGGCAAUGACGGGGGGUGGUCGGGGCGCGUUAGGGUGCCGCCCGAAUGUGUAG